CGGCAACGGUCCGGCGUCUCAGGUGCGGAGAGCUCGAGGUUGCGCGCUUUCCCUCUCAAACGAGAAAGCAAUGUUAGAAGAAGGUGUGGGGCGGCGAUGGAGAAGGAACUGUGGGCGAUGGUUGAUAACAGCAGGUGGUUUGUCGCGAGGAGGAAGCGCAGACGAUGCAAAAUGGAGCUAUCGCGGGGAGAUCGGCGCUAAGCCUUGGCGCGUCACGUGUGGUACUACGACUUUGUCUGGAAAUACCGGUAGCACGACGACUGAAAGACUGUUGGAUUCCUCGCGGUGCAGUGGGAGCCUCAGUGAGAACACAGUUGAAAGGGGUGAAGUUUUCCUCGCUCGCCAGGCACCACUGGCCUGUUAGCGGCAUCGGUGGACCACACCUGAACACACAGCCGACCCGUCGGACAAAUGGCGCAACCACAGAGUGAGACUCUCGGAAAGAUACGCGAGUAUGUCGAGGAAGCUAGGGCGCUGCAGGACGAUAUCGUCGACUUUGACGCGUCUAGUACCGCGGCGCGUUUGGAGCAGACGGUGAAAGAGUUGCAGGCACGCGUGAAAGAACAACAAACAGCGCUUGAAAAGUUACGGUCCCAAUCGGAUGUUGAUAUAGAGACUGCCGCCUAUGCAUCGAAAGAUCCCCGUCAGAAGCUUCAGCAGCUCGCCGCCGUUAAAGACGCGUAUAAACAGUUGAAGCCAACAGCAACGUAUCUCCCUACCCAAGGAUCAGUUCUGCCUGCAUUAUUAGCAGCACGUACACUUCAACAGAAUGUCCAAGGAACCAAGGAAGCCAUCGCAAACACUCAAAGCCAACUCAGCACGAAAGAGGCCACGCUUCGUCGUGAAGUAGCCAACUUACACGAUGCCCACCUUCUCAGUCAGGCAAUGCAGGAUCGCAUUAGGCGGCUACGCUCUCAGCAUGAAGACCGCUCGCAGAAAACUCCUGCUCAAUUUGCACGAGAACUCAUCGCAACAAAGCGCGCAAAGAAGGGGAACUACGACGCGGAGAUGCAGCGUCUGGGAGAAGCUAUGAACAACUUCAUCAAUGACUACCUCUCUAGCAUGCUCGCAGCAGAAGAGCUCGGUGGGCCUGUCGUAGGCGACAUGCUUGACAUAGAGGACGAUACUCUUGCUGCAGGUUUCACAAAGAAAGGGCGUGCAAAGUCAUCGAAGAAACCAGUCUCAGACAAGACGCGCCAGCGCAGGAUCGAUGAGAUUUGGGGCAAGAAGGCUGCUCUUGAUGCUGAAGAGGAGGAGGAAGAGCCGCCUACUGAGGCCGAAGCUGCGGAUGCAGAGAUGCGACAGUUGAUUGAAAAUCUGUUUGCUACUUUGAUGGGACCAGGAGGUGGAAAGGCAUACUUUCAGCUGGAGAGGGACUCUGCGGCUUCGCGGUUCUUGGUCAGGGCGAAGAUUGCGCAGUUUCAUCCAAGAGAUGCGAGGAAGUUGAGGCUGAUUGACUUUGGACGAGAGCUGGAUGACUGAGGCCGUUGCACACUACUACGGUGGUCAUCAACCUGGAGUCCUGAGGAAGCUGCACAUGCUGAGCAUGAACCAGCCUCCACUCAUAGUGGACAGAUGUUGCCUCGUUACGGGACACAUGGCCCCCUUAGCCAUACAUUAUCCAAAGCCUUGUCGGUCUCUCUUGUGUAUUCAAUAC